UCUCAAAUGGCCUUAGAUAUAAUCGAUUUUGAUCCGUGGGAACAUUCUUUCAAUUGAAGGAUUUCUGAGCAAUUUCUUUUCUCUUUUUUGGAUCUGAACUGGUCAAUCAUUUGCUUCUGAUUCUGUUGAUGUAUCUGGCUAUCUUCGGAGACGAGAAUGAUCGAUAUGCCGAGAGACACACCUGGUUUCUCGGUGUUUGCAUGAUAUAUCUGCUUUUUCCCCAGAAAGCUUUCUUCUUUUGUCUUCCGAGAGACCGAUGGGAUAAGGAGUUCGCCAAAUUGCAGGCUGGUUAAUUGAGGUUCUUUCUGAUAUCUACGUUUGAGGAGAUUAAGUUUACUUGAUUCUGUUGGUUGCGUCAAUCAAGAAAGAUUGAGAUGGGUUCUUCUCAAGGUUCUGCUUUGUCGGGAAAUGUAGCAGAGUUCGUUGAUGGUUCCUCUGCUCGUGGAGAGGUUUUCUUCCUUGAUUCUUUGCCCAUUUAUGUCAAGGAGUUAAUUGCCGGAGGCGCUGCUGGUGCAUUUGCAAAGACUGCAGUUGCUCCUUUGGAGCGGAUUAAGAUACUCUUGCAGACAAGAACUGAAGGAUUUCAUUCUCUUAGUGUCUACCAAUCCCUGAAGAAGUUACUGAAGCAUGAAGGUGUUUUAGGAUUUUAUAAAGGAAAUGGUGCGAGUGUUCUUCGGAUUGUUCCAUAUGCAGCUUUACAUUUCAUGACAUACGAGCAAUAUCGAUGUUGGAUAUUGAACAACUAUUCUGCACUGGGAACUGGACCUUUUAUAGAUCUAUUGGCUGGUUCAGCAGCUGGAGGAACAGCAGUGUUGUGCACAUACCCCUUAGACUUGGUUCGAACAAAACUGGCUUAUCAGGUGAUGGACACCAGAAGAAGUUUUGGGAAUGGUGUGAGUAAUUACCAUAUGCAGCCUGCAUAUCAUGGUAUAAAAGAUGUUUUCAGGAGUGUUUACAAGGAAGGUGGAGUGCGUGCUUUAUAUAGGGGUGUAGGUCCAACACUUAUUGGUAUCCUCCCCUAUGCUGGUCUGAAGUUCUACAUAUAUGAGGUACUGAAGAAGCAGGUCCCUGAAGAACACCAAAAAUCUGUUGUAAUGCGCCUUUCCUGUGGUGCUUUAGCUGGGCUAUUUGGGCAGACCUUCACAUACCCACUGGAUGUAGUUAGGAGACAAAUGCAGGUCCAAGGCCUGCGACCAUCCAUUCAGCGAGGAGAUCCUGGAUACAAGAGCACAAUGGAAGGGCUUGCUACCAUCAUCAAUAAUCAGGGAUGGAGACAAUUGUUUGCUGGUCUGAGCAUUAACUAUUUAAAGAUAGUUCCUUCUGUGGCCAUUGGUUUCACGGCGUAUGAUAUGAUGAAGGUUUGGUUACGUGUGCCACCGCGUCAGAAAUCUCCAUCUGUUUCAGCUUGAUGAAGACAAUGUGGAUUCUUGAAAUGUACUAUCACAGAAAUUGCUUGACACUU